AUGCCUGUAAUCCGGCGCAGAGCUCCAAAUCUGGAUGCUUGGGACCCUGAGAUCAGGGGAUUGGAUUUUUAUUUGCUAUCUCUUCUCCAUAUGGCAAAUCAUAAACCGCAGAAUAUCCUGAUUACUGGAGCUGCUGGUUUCAUAGCAUCCCAUGUUGCAAACAGGCUAAUUCGGAAUUACUCCGAGUACAGAAUUAUUGUUCUUGACAAACUAGAUUACUGUUCGAAUCUGAAAAACCUUGAUGCCUCGCGAUCAUCCCCAAAUUUCAAAUUCGUGAAGGGAGAUAUAUGUAGUGCCGACCUUGUCAAUUAUUUACUUGAUACAGAGUCUGUUGACACAAUUAUGCACUUUGCAGCACAAACUCAUGUCGAUAACUCAUUUGGCAACAGCUUUGAGUUUAUUAAGAAUAAUGUUUACGGGACUUAUGUCCUUCUUGAAGCUUGCAAAAGUUUUGGUCAAGUUAGAAGAUUCAUUCACGUCAGUACAGAUGAGGUCUAUGGCGAAACAGAAGAGAAUGCUGUCGUGGGAAAUGAUGAGAGUUCGCAGCUUCUCCCAACAAACCCCUAUUCCGCAUCCAAAGCUGGGGCUGAAAUGCUUGUCUUGGCAUAUGGACGAUCAUAUGACCUACCUGUAAUAAUCACAAGAGGGAACAAUGUUUAUGGGACACAUCAAUUUCCUGAAAAGUUAAUUCCUAAAUUUAUUCUAUUAGCAAUGAAAGGAAAGCACCUUGCAAUUCAUGGUGAUGGGUCCAAUAUUAGAAGUUACCUCUACUGUGAAGACGUUGCAGAGGCUUUUGAUAUCAUACUCCACAGGGGUGAAGUAGGUCAUGUUUACAACAUAGGAACAGAUGAGGAAAGGAGAGUUGUUGAUGUUGCCAGGGAUAUUUGCAGGCUAUUUUCGUUGGAUCCAGAUGCUGUGAUAAAGUGUGUGGAGAACAGGCCCUUUAAUGACCAAAGAUAUUUCUUGGAUACACAAAAGCUGAAAAAUUUGGGAUGGUCGGAGCGUACUUCAUGGGAGGAUGGUCUAAGGUUAACUGCUGAGUGGUAUAUGAGAAAUCCUGACUGGUGGGGAGAUGUUUCUGGGGCAUUGCUCCCUCAUCCAAGAAUGCUAUCUAUGCCUAGAAUUGAGAAAGAGAAGAACUUUGGUGUUGAAGCUCUUGAGUCGUCCUAUGUGCUAAAUCAUUGUGGCCAGGAUGGUCAGGAUCGAAUAGACAUGCAUCAUAAAAAAUCCAUCACUGCACAUAAAAGCCGUCUCUGA